AUGCCAUCCCAGUACACCAACCCCAUCCUCCCCGGGUUCUACCCCGAUCCAGCCUGCAUCCUGGUGGGAGACACCUUCUACCUGAUCAACUCCAGCUUCCAAUUCUUUCCGGGACUACCAAUCCACAAAUCCAAGGAUCUGAUUAACUGGGAGCUCAUCGGAAAUGCCAUCUGCCGACCAGAGCAAAUCCAACUACAUUCGUCCACGACCAAAGUCAACAAUGCGGCGGAAAAGCAGAUCUUCACCGGAGGUCUGUAUGCCCCAACCAUCCGCUACCACAACGGCCGCUUCUACAUCGUCUGCACGAUGCUCAGCGGCCCGGUGGACAUGCCAGCCGCCGCGGACUUUGAACCGCAGAACUUCAUCAUCACAGCAUCCGAUCUCGAGGAUCCGUCCUCCUUCAGCGAUCCCAUCUACUUUGACUUCUACGGGAUCGACCCCAGUUUGUUCUUUGACGAUGACGGCCGCGUGUAUGUGCAGGGUAGCUGGAUCCACGGGUAUCGCAAGAAUCCCGCCACGGUCAUCCGCCAAGCGGAGAUUGAUCUCAGCACGGGGAAGCUCGCCGCGCCAGCGGUGGAUAUCUGGUCCGGACAUACCGGGCGGGUUCCGGAGGGCCCGCAUCUGUACAAGAAGGACGGGUAUUACUAUCUCCUGAUUGCCGAGGGCGGCACGUUCGGCGAGCACAAGAUCACCAUGGCCCGCGCUAGAAGCGUCUGGGGUCCGUAUGAGUCGUUCAGUGGCAAUCCUGUUCUCACCGCGGAAGGCUCUAACGGGUGUAUACAAUGUGUCGGACAUGCUGAGCUGUUCCAGGAUCCGCUGGGCCAGUGGUGGGCGGUUAUGCUGGCAGGACGGGAGUACGGAGCAAGCUAUCCGCUUGGUCGAGAGACAUUCCUGACGCCGGUUGAGUGGCCGGAGAACCAAUUCCCGUCUUUUGCACCGGUGGAAUUAUCCCCGAAAUGCAGUCGCCAGAUGCCGGGAAGAGUCGCUUCUCAUACCCUCCCAGCGGUUUCCCUCGACUCACCAUUGACACUGUAUCUCCGCACCCCUGACCUCCAGAACUAUGCGCAAAAUGGAAAGGAGAUAACAUUGACCCCGGUGGAAGCCGAUCUGGGGUCUAUGUCUGGGACCAUGACUUUCGUGGGCCAACGCCAAACAUCGCUCGAGUCGGUCGCACGUGUUCUGCUGCGGCUCGGUGAUCUCCCAGCAGGAAAGGUCUCGUGCGGGUUGGCUGUAUAUAAAGACCCUUUCCGAUAUGCCUCCGUUACAUACAGCACUGCGGACGGUUGUUUCAGCUUGACGAUUCAGGAGCCCGGGAAACCUCUGACAACACUCGGUUCGAUUCCGGUACAACACGCGACCGCAGCCCAGCUAUCGAUUACUUCAUCGACGGAAAACUACGUGUUUGAGUGUUCCCUUGCACACACCGAUGGGGAUACGGAAACUACCAAGCUCGGAGAAGUGCCGUGCUCUGCGCUGAGUGGUGAUGAUUUUACUGGCACGAUAUAUGCUAUAUUCGCUUCAGGGGAAGGGGAUGUCAAGUUUCAUGACUUUAAGAUACAGAACUAG